CCGUAGAUUGAAAAUUCUCAAAAAGGCUUACAAGGAUUGGGCAUGGUUCAUGGGCGCGCUCAAAAAGAGAAGGCAAAGUCUGCUCAAAAAGAGAAGGAAAUUGUGAAUCUGCUUUUUUCGUUCAGCUUUUGUAUUCUCUCUCAAAUUGGAUUUGCACUUGGUUUGCUUAGUCGGACUAUUGGAGUAUCAUGGACGAAAUCGACGACAGGGAUGAGGAGGAAUUCGGAUUCUCGAGAAACUAUUUUCUGGCGAAGGAAUUGGGCGGUUCCGGCAAGAAGUCAACUAACAAGCUCUCCGAUAUUGGCCUCGUUGACGAACAGGAACUGAGAGCAGCGAUGGCUAACUCUGAACCUAAACAUGAGAAGGAGGUUUCGGCUUUGAUGGAAAGUUACAAGAGUUUAUAUCCUCAGUGGGUUUUUGAGUUGAGAUGUGGUUUUGCCCUUCUUAUGUAUGGAUUUGGAUCUAAAAAGGCCUUACUUGAAGACUUUGCAUCAAUUGCAUUAACGGAGUAUUCUGUGAUAGUAAUCAAUGGCUAUCUUCAGUCAAUUAAUAUAAAACAGGUUGUGGUUGCCAUGGCUGAAGUUUUGUGGGAUCAAUUGAAAAGCAGUGGAAAGACUACUUCAGCAAGCCUGGGCAAAGUUCAACAACCCUUUAGUUCUCGAUCAAUGGACGAUCUUCUUUCAUUUUUGAAUGGAUCAAGAAAGCAUGAAAAUGACUUUGAUAUAUGCCUUGUUAUUCAUAACAUUGAUGGGCCUGGAUUAAGAGACUCUGAAACACAACAGUAUCUUGCACAAAUUGCUUCUUGCUCCCAUAUUCGCAUUGUUGCUUCUGUCGAUCAUGUGAAUGCACCCCUUUUGUGGGACAAGAAGAUGGUCCAUACGCAGUUUAACUGGUAUUGGAAUCAUGUUCCGACCUUUGCACCGUACACUGUUGAAGGAGUAUUCUUUCCUCUGAUUCUGUCUCAUGGUAGUGCCAGCCAAAGUGCCAAAACAGCCACAAUUAUUUUACAAAGUUUAACUCCUAAUGCCCAGAGUGUGUUCAAAAUUCUUGCAGAGUAUCUGCUGUCGCAUCCCGAUGAAGAAGGGAUGCCAAUUGAUAGUCUGUACUCAAUCUCCCGUGAGCGUUUUAUUGUAAGUAGCCAAGUUACAUUGAAUUCUCAUUUGACAGAAUUCAAAGAUCAUGAGUUGGUCAAGACCAGAAGAAAUUCAGAUGGCCAAGAUUGCUUAUAUAUCCCUCUUGCAAUUGAAGCCCUUGCAAAGACUAUAUCUGAGAUCAGUCAAUAGUCGUGUGUGUGACAAUUUCAGUGCCUAUCUUGGAUAAGUUGUGCAGUCUGUUUAUCACUAAAUCCAAAGACAAGCUACAAGGUACGAUUAGUUCAUUAUUCUCCGUGGGUCUGGAUCACUUUAAAGAUUUUACCUCAUUAGCAAAAAUGGUGACUUAGAGAAUGGUAAAGAAAUACACCAAGUUCUACAGAACUACAGAAGGGUUGAGGCACUAUGGUUUAUUUAAAACUUUUCAAGUCAUGUUUAAAUGGUGGCACAGAUGUUGUUCACAUAAGCAUGAUCAUUGAAUUGCUUGUUUGAAGUUGGAGGUCCCUGCUUGUCAGUUGUCAACGGCGUAAUAUGCUCAAUUUAACAGUCUGCAAUCUCGGUCAAGACUCAUUUCUUUUGUU